UUCUGGAACUCGCUGGGCGAAUGUAAACAGGAUUGGAGUAAAGACGUAAUGGCACAAAUAAGAGGAGUGAACGAUAGUGGCACCAGAUAGUGGAUAUUUACUGUGCUAUAAUCGAAGUCCGGUUCAGUGCGGGUGGUUAUUAUCGAUUUUUACCGCAAUGAGGUGUGUUUAAUAAUUCUCGCGAGGUACCGAGUAAGUGCUGAGAACAACGCGGACAUUUAUUUGAUCGCACAUCGUGCACUGAUCGGGAAGCGAGGAGGGAUAAAGAUAACUGGCAUCUGCAAAGUGGGAAGAAUAACCAAGAAACGGAGGAUUGGCGUAAGCAGCGGGAAUUAUCGUGAGGGGUUCGUCAAGGUAAUGGGCACGCAAUAUUGUCCAAAGACUUGUCGUUGCGAAGGUUAUCCGUCAGAAAGAUGCAUAUACCCCAGGGCUCAUUUAUUCGUUCAAUGAGCAGCAAUCUGAAUUUAGCUUCUAUGGAUAAAGAAGCAUCUAACUUACACGUGCGACCUGUGAAUAAAUAUAAUCGAAAAAGAGUAUCGUUUUUCAAAAAUACUGCUGGUAAACAGAGAAGUAGGACGAAGUUCCUUGGUUACCACAGGUCUGGAGUUAAUCAGAAUGAAACUGCCGAAUUUGCAAAGCCACCCAUGACAGACACUUUGAGACAUGACGAAAAAUGUAUCGCUCGAAUUGAAGGUGGAUCAAAGGUACAAAAUUCGGGAAACUAUAGAUGGAAAAGUCAUAGUUUUCUGGUAUUCUUUCUGUCCCUUUUGUUUCCAUACGAUAUCUGCGCAGCUGAUCCGAAUCAAUGUACCCCUGGACUAAACACACCAGGAAGAACAUCGCCAGCGGGUGAUAUAGUCUUAGAGUACGGACAGUCCUUGAAGAUAUACUGUAUGCUGAAUGAGACUCUCACGGAAUCAAGAUUUCGUGGUAAAAACUCCUCGGAUUUGGUAUUUUUUCGAAAUGAAAGUGAAAUGGAACCUGAGUAUAUAACUGUUGUCAACAAAACAACAAUUGAAAUGUCUGUCAAGAAACCAGAACCAUCAAGCGACAUGUACUUCUGCAAACUGAGAUUGGAUAAUGGUUCUAACCCGAAUUAUGAGGCCGUCUGUCUGAACAAAGUUUUUAUUGGGUUCAAACCUAAAGAACCAUUGAAUUUCUCUUGCGUAUCGCAAAACUGGGAAAAUCUUACCUGUACGUGGGUGCCAGCACCCAAUCAUAUCGCAACUAAAUUCUCUCUGGGUUACAAGCUACCUGGUAGAGUCGGUGGAAGGACAACUUUUAAAUGCCCGGAACCAAAGAGUGACCAAAAGCUACCUCCAAACACUUGUAUGUGGGACGCUUCUACGGACCCCCCAUACAGAAUGGUCCAUGAAAGCUUCAAAUUUAUGCUGACUGCUGAAAACUUUUUAGGAACCAAAGUUUUCACUUAUCCAAUUCAUCAUUUUGCGCAUGUGAUUCCCGAAAAGCCUACCGAUUUGUUAGUUGUCAACAAAACUUACUCAAGUGCAUACCUCUAUUGGAAGAUACCGUAUCCAAUGGGUACCUUUCCGCCAGGCUUGCACCAUAAGGUUUCUUACCAGAGUGCUUGGGACAGCGAAACAUCUUGGAAGACGGAAUAUAUAAGGAAUGACCCUCGUCAGACUGAAAAAUAUUUCAAUCUUACCAAUUUGAAAUACGCAAAUACAGCUUACGACGUUAGAGUUUUCAGCAAAAGUGCACAAGCAGUCGGAGAAGAUAGUUGGAGUCAGUUUAGUGACAUUAACUUCAGAACCGCGGCUACACUGCCAGGGCGACCAGCCAAGACGGAUGUUGGAAGUUUCGAGAUUGUCGCCAAGAGUGCAAAUAGGGAUGUAUACAUAUACUGGCAAUCAAUUCCGGCAUACUUGGAAAACGGAGACAACUUCAUGUACAAAAUUGUUAACGUCGAAGAAAAUGGCAAAAAGGUGAAUCUGCAGCCGCAAGAGCAAACUAAAACUUAUGCAAAGUUCAAAGGCAUCAGUGUUCACAGUUUUAGAUUUGAAAUUGUAACUGCUAACUGUAAAGGAGCAAACGAGCAUAAGGCUGUGAUACAUGUUCCAAGUAAACUCGAAAUGCCACGGGAACCAGAUGUGUUUACGAAAAUCGCAUUUGAUGCUGGUCUCUAUGAGCUGUCAUGGAAUCCACCGCAUGAUUCGAACAUUGUAAAUUACACAAUAUUUUGGUGCGAGAACGAUCGUGACAGACCCUAUCAAUGCAAUGGGUACCUUGACUGGGUUCACGUAAAUCGGACUGUAACCGUAUACAACAUCACGGUGCCUGACAAAAAAAAAGUCUACCAAUUUGCGAUAGCGGCGAAUACAGAUCGAGCCAGUAGCGGCAUGGUAUGGGCCUCGUGUACCGCCAUCCACAACAAUGUUAUCGGAAAGAUGAAGUCUGUGUGGAUAAAUCGUCCCGAGUCGCACCUGAUUGAGAUUGGUUGGAAGUUGGAGUGCUCCGACCGCAUAGGCAUUGUUGAAGGUUUUAAAAUAUAUUAUUGCCCCAUUGUAACACCGGAGAACUUUAACUGUAAGGGUGCGAAAUUAAACAGAACAGUGAAGGCUGACCCUCAGACAAUGCAUGGCGUUGUGAGCGGCUUGAAGCCCUAUACUACAUACAUGCUAUCCGUAGCAGUAUUAACAAAGAACGGCGAGGGUCCUCAAAGUGACCCGCAAUAUACCACAACACUUGAGGGAGCGCCCACCGUGCCUGUCAAUGUUGCGGUUAAAAACGUAACAAACACAACUAUGGUGGUUGAAUGGGAAGCCCCAUCUGCUAUGAACGGAGUUUUACGAUAUUAUCAUGUCCAUUACAACCAAAAUACGACAAGAGUCGAGGGAGCCCACGGUAACACUACCCGAGUAGUGAUUCAAGGCCUCAAACCGCACACGCACUACAACAUCAGCGUCUCGGCAUGUACCGUUACAUGCGGCAAUCUCUCCACACCGAUAGGUCGUUGGACUGACAUUGGAGUUCCGGGAAAACCGGAAGUACCCAACAUACGAUUUAAGAAUUCUAGCCAGGUUCAGAUUAUCUGGAGCGAACCAAGAGAACCGGCAGGGUCUAUAGAAUUUUAUGAGAUCGAAGCUGAGGACAAGAUCUAUACCAACAUAACUAAUCAUGAAAAGUAUCUGGAUAUUGCUGACUGUCAGACCAAUCGUAACAGAGCGUAUCGUUUCCGCAUAAGAGCUAUCAACUUUGGGCCUAAUAAAACACGCCUGGAAGGGCCUUGGUCCGAAUUCGGAGAAGGGAGCUGUUACACCAGUGAACCACCUGUCUUGGCCUGGGUUUUAAUAUGGAUUAUCGGAAGUCUGAGCGGCGUAACCUUCCUACUGUUUCUAGGAUACACUUCAAAGAGAUUGUGGAUUAAAUGUAAGGUGAUGCAGGAUGUGGAGGUAAAAUUACCACCUGGUCUGGCUUCGAACACGCAGAAAUUGUUGGGACCACCUAACGAACAGCACCUACCACCACGUUCUGUAGAUUCAAGCGGUUGUUCGAGCGGACAAGAGUCUGUGACGUCUUCUCUCACCUCAGAGUCUCACGUGUCAACGGAUAGUGGUGCCGAUCUAGAUCCCUUACCAAUGUCACCGACGAAACUACUCGAAUCACCACCUACUUGGGAAUCAUCGAGGUUGCGACAACGCAUUGUUGCUGGUACCAAACCAGAGUCAUGUGACGACCACGGACAAUGGGACUCAUAUGUUAAAGUUGCCAAAACUGUAGACACAUCUGCCGGUGACACUCUUACUCUGGCUAAGUCGACGCCGAAUCUCACAGCAGAUAGUAUCAACACUACUCCAUCGACUGGUCUCUACAGUACGUCUCAGCAACAUGCCUGGUCAUCGACCGGAUAUAUAAGCAUGCCUUCUUCCUCUUCGUCCUCCGCCUCCUCGGAGGAAGAGUCGUCAAACAGUUCAAGUCCUUCACCACAUGGCCAGGUAGGUAAUCAAGGCGUCUACAGCAUAGUGGGCUUGGCACCUCCGCCCGCAUUUCCAGCUAAAACAGGGUUUGGAGCGGUGGCAGAAACAAGUGGUGUUAAUAGCACUCACCUGCAGGCUGUGAACCUUAUACCUUUCGAGUCUGAACCGAGAUCAACGACAGCAGUUACGUCGAAUCCGUACGUCAGUCUUGCUUCCCUGGAAGAGAAGACGAAAAAUACCAAUAUCCCGCAUUUAACGUCCCUUGGAAACUUUGAAGAUAUGAAGCUUGUUCACCCGAACCGAGAAGUAGAACACUCCCAGUUACCAAUAUCGGACAAAUAUUGCAAGCCGUAUGUGCGAACGGGAUUAAAUGAUACGAUGACGAAAUCAUGCCCACCAAACAAGCUGGACGAUGUAGAUGCGCUAAACUCUUGUUACGCUGUGACAGCGACGGGGGAACCUUUCGGCCAAUCACUGAUUCAGUUGCCGACACAUGCUUAUGUACCUGCAGGUACGAGACUUGGUGCGUUACCUGUGAGCGGCGCUAAGGACUCGACACAAAUGCAAAGUCCUUACGUUGCGGUAUCGACCAUGAUAUCCAUGUUGGAACCUUCAUCCCAUGCCAACCAAGAAAAAAGUCCCGGCGUUGACGACCACUUCACGCCAUCCUACCCCUUCUCCUCUGGAACCACUGAGUCGUCGAUGGCAGCGUUACAGAGCUUAGAGGACCAUGACGAUCAUGUAACGUGCGAUACGCCAUGCGUAUCCACUACUUUGCCAGUUGUCAAACACACAUCUGGUUAUGUGACUAUAGCAGAAACUCCAUCGCGACCUAUUGGGAAUUCAACGGUGGAAAGUUCAACACUAUCAUACAUACCCCAUCAACAAGUCGAUCAAAAAUCACCACUCUCUCAACAGAACGUUAAUCGAGCUGACGAACAAUACAGCAAAGUGACCGUUGUGCCGACAAGUACAUAAACAUGAAUAGCUGCUACAUGUAAAAAUAUCCGUAUGCCGGUGUGUUGGGCAGCAAUGUAUACAGACCACGAAUAUUCGAUGAAGCGAGCCAUGUCCACUAGCGUUGUAGAUCAAUUCACAAUGGUAACUUGAAAAGUGUUGAACAUGGAUGCAGCUUUUGAACCACGAUUCUCCGAAUAUUCUCAGUAGAUGUAGCUACAUCGAAUGAUGCGAAUAAUGCAACGAAUGAUGCAGAGUGCAAAAGAUGACGUCUCUAAAUAUCGUAUUGAAUAUAAGUUGAAGUUAUUUGUUAUUUACAGUACCUGCCGAAAUCGUCCUCGUCUUAUACGCGGACUUGUCUUAUGUGCGGGUAACUAGUAAAAAACACCCCGAAAUACUCUUUCAGAAUUGGGGGUUGACUUAUACUUAAAACAAUACGGUAUUUUAAGUUGAACGACCAGUGUGUCGUUCAUAUCCAUUCAUGAUCCAUUGAACCCUGUAUUAGCUGGUCAUAGUGGAUCUUGAACAGCGAGUUUAAGUGGAGGUGUAUUAUCCGACCAUGCUCGGUAGUGGAAUGAAGUGGAAUAAUUCUGCAUGUUUUGUACAAUUAGGUAUGGUGGUAUUAUAAUGAAUAAGUGAUGAAUUAUCGAUGAAUUAUUAGUAAUUUUACGAGAGUGCAUGAGGGCAGUAAACUCGGGCAGAAUUUUCAAAGUGAAAAAAAUCUGCAAGCUUGCUGAGAAAUAAUUUUAAUUAUUAUUAAUCAUAUUCCUACGUAACAUUGUAUAUUUUAAUAUUAAUUGUAGGCCACGGGGGUGUUUAUUAUUAAUUUUUCCCAUCGGUCGACAUAAUUUGUACAAAAUGUCCGUUUCUGACGUACGAAUUAGGAAACGAUAACAGCAGCUUCAAAAUUGGCUGCAUAAAUAAUAUGCGAUGCAAUUGUAUUACACCGCAGACUGACGUUUUGCAUGUACAUACGUCUAUAAUCGAGUUAUUAUAAAAUAUAUGCAUAUGUUAUCUGUGUGUAUCAGUGGUUGGGUUUAAGCUGUUGUCGAUAAUUUCAUUCAAUGGAAUAUUUUAGCUUUCUCUUUUUCGUCAAUUUCACCUGGCACAUGUAUUCUACGAUCAUGUACUAUUGUACAUUGUAUUGUACAUUGACAGGACUAAAUCUUUAGAUUGCUUUAAUAUCUAUGCAAUUCGUAUAUAGAGGUUUACAUAAGGAGCUGGCAAUGAAAUGAAGUAACCACCUUUAACCAUUAAAAAGCCGGCCCGGCUUCUGUCGGAGCCAGCGGGUAACUCAGUAACUCCACAGGAAGUAUUCACUAUUGUAUGCAUAAAUCAUACCUCUAAAAAAUAUCGAAUUUCAAGGAAAAAAUACCGCCCCGGUAAAGGUUAAUAUUCCAAAGUUUGAGUAUAUUGUGACACCGUGUAUAACUCGACAGUACACGGGGUUAUUAUGCAAUAUGCAUCCUCAUUAAUGGAUUACGGAAAUCACGUUCAACCGUUGAAACCGCUGAUUGCACAGCAUAUUAAUUGCUUUCAAAAUUUCAGGUUUAGUUAUACUUUGCACAACGAUGCAAGACUUGGCUAAAAUUCGGUCAUUUAAUUUCAACUAACAUAUCGCAUCUAUGAUUGUGUGCUGUGCUUUCAAUACUAAUGCUGUUUGCCUAUUGGGCCAGUGAAGCUUACGCCGUGCUACGUCAGUGUAAAAUUAGACAGAGAGGGUAUAAAACAGUGAACCAUGUGAGUAAAUUCUGGACGUAUGCAGCACACCCAAGGCAAUAUUAUUUUUAUGAGAAGCAUUAUACGGAAAACAAUUCUACCAAUCCUAACGCGUGAAAAAGUCAAAGUUUAUAAAAAAAAAACAUUCAAAUCAUACAUUUCCUCUAGUAGUACAACAUCAUGGAAUGUAAAUACAAAUAUCCGAAUGAAU